CUGCAAUCGAAGGAGUCGAUUUCAAGGAUCGAUGAUCUCGAUGAAGUGCAAUAUUAAUUGUUCAUGAUCUUAGCAAGAGGAUUAGGAGAGCUAAAGCUAGAUGAACUAACAGGCGCUGGCAAAACAGCACCUGACAUCUUCAGGUCAGUAGAUGUUUUGGCCGUGGCUGUUUCAUAGCGUUUCGUUAUAUAACUAAAUAUGCCAUUUUAUUUUGUUUUCCACUGUUGUCUGAGGUAAAACAGUGCUGGAUUAUCGAUGUGUGACGCGGGGAAGGACGGAUCGCUCAGAUAAUGACAGAAUAUCGUCCUCUCUGCGUGAGGAAAACCUGAAAGCUUUGGAGUCGACUCACUGGGAAUAGAGGAGUCGAUUCUUUUUGGGAUCGACUCCCAGCACCAGCUCUGCGUGUCGUCACGGAUCUCCGCUGCUGAGGGAGGCGGGCUGUGUCGGGAUGAGGAGCCGCAGCCAGAGCGGCUGUGAUGCCUGCUUCGUGCUGCGCCAAUGUCGCUCGCUCCUCGGAAAAGGCUCGCAACAUAAAGGCCGCACUCACAGCUUUUACUCGGGGUUUUAUUCCGCGUUCACCGGGGAGCGAUAGGACAGCUCUUUGCCUGGUUAGCUAAGCCAGCGGCGGCCGUUAUGCAGGUGGUCGGGCGCCGAGGCGUCGAGCCCGCACACAAACCCUCCCCCCGUCCGGGGCCUGGCUCUGGCUCUGGGUCUGGUUCUGGUUCUGGCUCCGGCUCGGAUAAUGGAGAGAAGCGAAAGCACAGAAGAAGAGGGAGGAGGGGGAGAAGACGACGGGGCAAAAAAGCAAACGAGCCGCCGCCGUUUUUACCGCCGGAGGAAAUUCAGCCUUGAUGACCUCCUCACUAUUGUCAUGAUCUAUUGGACUAUGGGUUCCAUAGUGCCUUCAAUGCGCUUUUACAAAGAGAACUUCAAAGAAGGCCUUUGGAAAAGGGAGGACGCCAGGACAAGCGUAUACGUGCCCACCGGGCUGGCCGCCUUCCCAGAGGACCUGCUCCACUGCCCACCCCUGUGGGCUCGGCAGAAAUACAAGAACAUUAUGUCCUACUCAUAUAUGCCCCGUGGAGGACACUUCGCUGCCCUGGAGGAGCCACAGCUCCUGGCUGAUGAUAUCCGGCAAUUUGUGGCUAAAGUGGAGGCUCUGAAGAAAUAGACUUUGAACACCUUAAAAUAUGUGUCGGCACAUUUCAGACCCCGUUUUGCAAUAGGAAAGAAACGAUUACACUUAUGAGGGGUCACCGUGAACAACCAUCAUAUCUUAACUAGCACUACUGUAUUCUAUUUUCAAUGAUUUUGUUUAGUUUUUAUUUGAUUUGCUGUUGUAUUAUCAGUACUUCAUCCUUUCUUCACUCCAACUCUGACAAUUUGAGAAUAAAAUUAUAAC